AUAUCAUUUCUGUGCCCUUUGCAACAGUUCCCUUCCCACCGUUGCAGGUCGUGACUCCAUAGGAGAGCUUUUACGCCUUAUCACUAAGAAUGAUGUAAAACUGUUAUAAAUGUUCUUCCAGCAAAAGAAGAAAAUAAAUAAUUUUGAUAGGAUUGUUUUGUUUAACGUUGAUUGGUAUUGGUGAAUGGUUCCCUUUUGCUCAAAUCUAGCGUAGGUUGCCGUGCCAUGCAGUUGUGAAAACAGUUGAAAUAAAGGGUAGGCACGUUAUCGAGUUCGGGUUUCUUGUGUUUUUAGUGAACUCCUGUUAUAAUAAUGGAAACCCCGUCUUCGAAUGGAUCGGUUUCGAAGCGUUCACUGAGGAGGAAAGUGAAUUUGAGAAACUAUGAUGAGGAUCUGAUGGAUGAGUUGUUUGAGAAGCAGUUGGGGGGCGGUUUGAAGAAGAGGAGUAGGACCAAAGAGGAUUUGGAGAAGGAGACUGAGACUGAGGCUAUGAUUGCGAUGUCGCUUGGUUUCCCAAUUGAUGCUUUGCUCGAUGAGGAGGUUAGGGCUGGGGUUGUGAGGCAGUUGGGUGGGAAGGAGCAGAAUGAUUACAUAGUCAUAAGGAAUCAUAUAUUGGCUUUGUGGAGGAGGGGGAAUGUGAGGUUGUGGUUGAGUAAAGGGAUGAUUAGAGAAACUGUGAGUAAUGAGUAUGAGCAUUUGAUUAAUUCUGCUUAUGACUUCCUUUUGUACAAUGGCUACAUAAAUUUUGGGGUUUCACCAGCAUUUACUUCUCAAUUGUCUGAGUCAAAUGAGGGAACUGCUAUUGUUAUUGGUGCUGGCCUGGCAGGGUUGGCAGCUGCGAGGCAGCUGUUGUUGUUUGGUUACAAGGUUGUGGUUUUGGAAGGUAGAAGUCGGCCUGGUGGGCGAGUUUAUACUCAGAAGGUAGGGCGUGAUGGGAAAUUUUCUGCCAUUGAUCUUGGUGGGAGUAUUAUCACUGGCAUUCAUGCUAACCCUUUGGGGGUUCUGGCUAGACAACUUUCUAUACCACUUCAUAAAGUCAGAGAUAAUUGCCCUUUAUAUAAGCCAAAUGGGGCACCGGUUGAUACAGAAAUGGAUGCAAGGGUUGAAUAUGUAUUUAAUAGGUUGCUUGACAAGGUUAUGGAGCUGAGACAAAUUAUGGGUGGGUUCGCAAGUGAUACUUCACUUGGUUCAGUCUUGGAGACGCUCAGGCAGUUGUAUAGUGUGACCAAAAGUACUGAUGAGAGGCAGUUGCUUGAUUGGCAUCUUGCAAAUUUGGAAUAUGCAAAUGCUGGGUGCCUUUCAAAUCUUUCGGCUGCCUAUUGGGAUCAGGAUGAUCCUUAUGAAAUGAGUGGUGAUCACUGCUUUCUUGCUGGAGGGAAUACGAGGUUGAUAAAAGCUCUAUGUGAAGGGGUUCCUAUUUUCUAUGGAAAGACGGUCAAUACUAUAAGAUAUGGAGAUGAGGGUGUUGAGGUCAUUGCUGGGGACCAAGUCUUUCAAGCAGAUAUUGCCUUAUGUACUGUGCCCCUUGGAGUUCUGAAAAAGAAGGCCAUCAAUUUUGAACCUGAAUUACCUGCAAGGAAACUGGCAGCAAUUGAGAGGAUGGGGUUUGGGCUGCUGAACAAAGUUGCUAUGGUUUUUCCUUAUGUAUUUUGGGGGGAAGAUCAAGACACAUUUGGAUGUCUCAACGAAUAUAGUCAUCAACGUGGGGAGUUUUUCCUAUUUUACUGUUACCACACGGUUUCUGGAGGCCCAGCACUUGUUGCGCUGGUAGCUGGGGAAGCGGCACAAGUCUUUGAAUCCACAAAUCCUUCCAUUUUGCUCCAUCGUGUGUUGAGUGUUUUAAAAGGGAUAUUUCAUCCUAAAGGUAUUAUUGUGCCUUAUCCAAUUCAGUCAAUUUGUACAAGAUGGGGAAGCGAUCCCCUUUCUUACGGUUCCUACUCUCAUGUUAGUGUGCAUUCAUCUGGUGAUGAUUAUGAUAUUCUAGCCGAAAACGUGGGAAACAGACUGUUCUUUGCUGGUGAGGCCACAAGCAGGCAGUAUCCAGCAACUAUGCAUGGUGCUUUCUUGAGUGGCUUGAGGGAAGCUUCACGCAUAUACAGAUCAUCACGUCUGCAAAACAGUACUAAGAAAUAUGGGCCUAAGAAUAUUGGACCAAACCAUGAUAUUCUGGUUGAAUUAUUUAAGAGGCCUGAUUUUGAAUGUGGGAAAUUUGCUUUCAUUUUUUAUUCUUCAUCAGAAAGCCUACCCUCAAUGGGUCUUCUGCAGGUCACUUUUGGUGACACCGAAGAAAGUCAUGAGGAGCUGUUAUACAACUAUCAGAAUUCGAUUAAGUGGCCAUUACAGCUGUACACUGUAUUAUCCCGUGAGCAAGCCCAGCAACUACAACUAGUUGAGGGAGGGGAUGAAAGCAGACUAUCAUUUUUGGUCAAAAGCCUUGGCUUGAAGCUCAUGGGACCAAGUGCCUUGUUUUCAGCAGGUAACACAUUAGUAGCUAACAUUGCAUAUUCUCGAAAAGGCCGUGGGAGGAACCGCUUAAUUACUUGUUAAACACCAGAGGGUUUCUGCUUCUUGUCUUUAAAUGAAACCUUGUGCUAUAAUAGAAACACCCUUACAAAAGAAUUGUUUUUGAAUUAUCAUGACUUUUCUUUUCUGCUUCUGGGGUGCAAAGUCUGUAUAUAAUAGACUUUCGUAGAUCAUUGAUUUGCUGCUAGAAAUAGAGAGGAUUUUUGAAGACUUGACUAGUGAGAUUAUUCAAUUUUAGAAUAUAAGUCUUCAGUCAUAGAUCAGUUAUGUAAUCACAGGAAAAUUAGAUGAAAUUUGAUGACAGAGAAGUAUGACAGUCCAAGAGAGGGGUGAAGAAUUUGUAAACAGAGGGGUACUGUUCCCCCGAGUGUAUCAUCUAUUCAAAUUUGUGUUCAUGUAGAAGUUGUACUUACAUAUACCCCACCCCACAAAGGACAUCACAGUUGUUAUUUUAUUUUUUUUUAUUUUUUUCUGGAGGGCCUGUGUGCCUAAUUUGUACUUGUAUAAUAUGAUAAUUGUUUCUCAAUUCCUUGAUUGGUCCACACAUCCAUGAAAGGUUUGCUUUUAGUAGAAUUGCUUCA